AUGCCAGACCCUCACUCCCUCUCAGGUGUCAGCACUAGCCUGAAGAACCUGUUCAACGCACAAGUAGUGGAUGUGAGGGAACGCGUCAAUCGCGUGCCGCUCCGCCGCAACCCCUCGUUUAGUGGAAGCGCUGAGCCUGUGAGCCCCGGCAGUGAUCGAAGACCGGGAAGACCACGACGCACCUCCUCAUACGAGCGUGUUCGUCCUGCACAUAUGUCUCCUCGAUCGCCGACUUCUCCGUCCACCGGCACUUUCUCGGAUUUCUUACCGUCCGUCCCUGACGUGCCACCCUCUCCGAUGACAUCGACAACAUCGGGAACGACUGGUACCAGCCGCUCGGCGAACACUGAUUCUCUGAGAAAUCACUGGGCUAAAGAGGUGUUUAGACUCUAUACAAGCCACCCAUUACCUACAACGUCACGGAGAUCCAACUGUCAGGGUGAACCCUACCCUGAUGCCAAAGAGACACUCCUGGGACGGGGAUUUGAGGAGCUUAGUUGCGAUUCCAAUAUUCGAGUUUCCUUUUACAUACGAAAGCGCGACUCCCACACCCGAAUACUUUGCAAGGUCCCACAUCGGGCAAAAUCUAGCGAUUAUUACACUUUGCCUCUCGAUUCGGUUGAGAUCAUACGAGAUGGCUCUUGUCUCAAGCUGUUUCGACGGCGGAGAAACGGAGUAGAGCUUAUUCUGUGGACUCAAUUGAAAUUCAAAACCAUGGAAGAUAUGGUUGGUUUUCACCACACCGUCUGCGCCCUGCGCGCUCAAGACUUAACAUGUGACUCAGAAGGGAGUCGGUUUCAGGACUAUGAGCUGGACGGCGAAAAGGAACGUUAUGGGGGGCAAAUUGACGACGACGGGUAUCCACAUGCACUACGGAUAUACGAGGACCGAGUGAUUAAGUCAGUACGGCUUCAGGCCGCAGUGCUUCACGGCACAAUGAAAAGGCAAGUCCAUAGUCGGCGGCGGGAACCAAGUGUUAAGCUCGCUGACUUUGAAAUGACAGAACUCCCGUCUGGAGUGCCUUCAUCACCCAUAACCUUCCCAAUUCCCGCUGGAUCAGGCUUGAGGGAUCCCAGACAGUAG